CGGGCGGAAGUGACGUGCCGGAGUUCGGUGUGUGGUGCCGCGGGCGCGGAGGGACCGGGCCUGGCCGGGCCCGGGAUGGACCCGGCGGCCGAGCACCGGCAGCAGCUCCGCAGCCUGCGGGACUUCCUGCUGGUCUACAACCGCAUGACCGAGCUCUGCUUCCGCCACUGCGUCUGCAACCUCAACUACCGGCUGCUCACGGGCCGCGAGGAGUCGUGCCUGGACAGCUGCGCCGCCAGGCUGGUCCGCGCCAACCACCGCCUGAUGGGCGCCUACGUGGGGCUGGUGCCCGCGCUGCUGCAGCGCCGCGCCGCCGAGCACGCGGCUGCCGCGGGCCCGGCCGCACCGCCGGCCGCCAAUGAGCCGGCGCCGGGCCCCGCGGAGCCCGCGGAAGGCGCUCCCGCUGCCGGCACGUAG